CACCGUCAGUCCGAGCUCCAUGCCGCUGUCUGUGGUAGAGCUAACCGCUUCUCCGACACACAGCGCCGGGAUCCCGCGGUGAGAGGAGCCGCUGCUGCUGCUGCUGCAUUCCUCCCACAAAGAGGAGCGGAGAGGGACCUCAUUUGGGGGGCGGUAGAUAAUUCAACAGCAGUGCUGGGAGGAGAGGAAGGUGAGUGAAUGCAGUCCAGUACUACAGCUGCUGUUGCUGGAAGAGGAGGAAGCUCAGUGUUCUGAGUGUGGAGGAGCAACAUCAUCCUGCACUCAGACUCAGACAGAGCAGACGGCCAACAGUGAUCUAAGCACCUCCAGGCUUGCAGAUGGAAGGAGAGCUGUGCAAGAUCUAGUCCUGGGUGUCUGGCCCAGUGAUUCAGCCCCAGACAGGAGCAGGAGGAAGCCGUGGAAAGGAGGGCCAUGGGGGUGAGUCUGGGCCAGGAUGUAGGCUGGCUCCUGCCUUUCCUGUUCUUGCUUCUCAUGAUCACAGUGUCACCCAGCCAUGCUCAAGGAUGUCCCCAGCGUUGUGAUUGCAUUGCGAAACUCAAGACUGUGUCCUGUUUCGGUAAACGCCUGUCCUCACUGCCAGAUGGCAUCCCAGGGGACACCAAGACCCUGGACCUCACCGGGAAUAAACUUCGCUGGGUGGAGCAUGGUGACCUGCUCCCAUUUACACGUCUUGAAAAGCUGGACCUGAGUGAGAACAUGAUCAGUGUCCUCGAACCGAACGCUUUUUCUAGUCUCCAGAACCUCCAGUCGCUUUCACUGAGGAGCAACCAACUGAAGCUGGUCCCCAUGGGGGCUUUCUCACGUCUCUCCAACCUGACUUCAUUGGACCUCAGUGGGAAUAAGAUUGUAAUUCUUUUGGACUUUACUUUCCAAGAUUUGAAGAGUCUGACAAAUCUGGAAGUUGGAGACAAUGAUUUAGUUUAUAUUUCCAACAAGGCCUUCCUGGGUCUAGUGGGGCUGAAGGAGUUAACCAUUGAGCGGUGCAACCUGACGUCUGUGUCCAGCCAGUCUUUGUCCUACCUGCAAAACCUGGUGACUCUGCGCCUGCGCUACCUCAGCAUCUCCAGCUUAGAGGACCAGAACUUCCGUAAACUGGGAAACCUGAAGGGCCUUGAGAUCGAUCACUGGCCCUUCUUGGAGCACAUUGCCCCUCACAGCCUGCAGGGUCUCAACUUAUCUUGGCUGUCUAUAACUCACACUAACAUAACCACUGUGCCCACAUCCGCCCUACGCAGUCUGGCACAUCUCACCAGCCUCAACCUCUCCCACAACCCCAUCUCUGUGCUGGAGUCCUGGGCGCUGCGGGACCUUAUUAGGCUGAAGGAGCUGCAUCUAGUAAACACAAAUCUGGUGGUGGUGCAGCCAUAUGCGCUUGGUGGUCUUAGGUCCAUCCGUCUUCUUAACUUCUCCAAUAACGGCCUGGUGUCCCUGGAAGAGGGAGCCUUUCAGUCCGUCAACACUCUGGAGACGCUGCGUUUGGACGGGAACCCUCUGGCCUGCGACUGCCGCUUGCUAUGGAUCCUCCAGCGCAGGAAGACCCUUAAUUUUGACGGCGCCUCCCCAGUGUGCAUGUCGCCCGUGGAGGUGCAGGGACGGGCGCUUAACGCUUUUUCCGACUCAGCUCUCUUUGAUCACUUUACCUGCCAGAAGCCCAAAAUCCGCAACAGGAAACUGCAGCAGGUUACUGCCCGUGAGGGACAGGUGGUGUCUUUCAUUUGCAAAGCAGAAGGUGAGCCGGCACCGAUGAUAUUCUGGAUCUCUCCUCAACGCCGCCGCAUCACCACAAAGAGCAGUGGCCGCCUCACAGUGUUACCAGAGGGCACUUUAGAAAUACGAUACGCACAGGUGACAGACAGUGGGACCUACAUCUGCAUAGCUAGCAAUGCUGGUGGCAAUGACACCUAUUUUGCCACACUUACAGUCAGUGGGCUGCCUCUAGAUGCAGCUCUUAUGGCCAACCGCACGUAUUAUGCUGGAGACCUUAAUGACACGAAUCUGAAUGACACCAGAGUCUUCUUGAAGUUUACUUUGGACCUACAGACCAUCCUCAUAUCCACGGCUAUGGGCUGUAUCAUGUUCCUGGGGGUGGUUCUCUUCUGUUUCAUUCUGCUCUUUGUGUGGAGUCGAGGCAGAGGGCAGCACAAGAACAAUUUCUCAGUGGAGUAUUCCUUCAGAAAGGUGGAUGGACCCGCUGCCAGUGGAGGGCAGGGUGGGGCACGCAAGUUCAACAUGAAAAUGAUUUGAUUAUUCUGGACUGUUUCUCUCAUUAGUGUUGUUUACAAGCAGUUUCAAGCUAAAGGGACAAGACACUGGAUUAGACUUUGUGCUUGAAAAUCAUUUAAUACUGUUAUUUAUAGGACAUUUUAUUGAGGAAAAGGUUUGUUACCAAAACUACUGUAUAUGCAGUAUGAGAUCAAGAAAAUCUGCAUGGAUUUGAUACGUGUAUUUCUAUUGCUUAGUUGUGCGUUGUCAUUUAUUUGCAGAAGAAACCUGGAUCAUUAAUGUGUAAAAGAUGUCUCGAAUAGACUGUUAAAAGCAACAAAAUCAGUCCCACCAGUCUUUAACCUCGACAAAUCUCUUGCCAACUCAAUCCUCCUGCCCUACAAGGAACUCUGUCCUCUUCAUCUCGCUGCUCCAUCUGAGGUGAUGCAAGGUCUCCAAACUCAUGAAUACAUUAUAACAAGGUGGUGCUCAAGGAAUGCCAAUAACUUGCCAAUAUGUAUUUGAAGAGUUCCAGCUAUAUACUGCAUAUUUAGACGUAUUUACAGUCAGGACUUUAGAGCACUUUUGUCACAUAAAUACAGAAGCGCUUAUUUUUUGCUGAUGUUAGGUUUGUAUAGAUUACAUUAGACUCUGCAACACUGCCAAUUUGACUGGAAAAGCACCAUGAAAUGUGGUGAAGGGAAGUGACUUCUCAUUGGAUACCACUAAACGUUGGUCCAAGCCGUUUCAAUCACAGACAGCAUUCUGCCGGUUAGGUUUUCAAUUGUUUAUUCAG